AUUUGAAUAAAUAGAAAUAUUCAAAUGAAUUUUAAAAGAAAAAAUAAAUAGUUUGCUAUGAAAAUGAAUAUAUAGACGAAUCAGACGAGUAUCACUGAAUUUAGAUUUUUAUCUAAUUUUUUCUGCAUCAGUUCUAUCCUAACUUCCAACAUGGCAGGUCAAGAAGCUGAUGAAUUAUUUGAGAUUAGAACCGCUUUAUACAUAGGAAACUACCACCAAUGCAUCACAGAGGCUCAGAAACUAAAGCCAAACAAUCCAGAUGUGCGCCUGGAUAGAGACAACCUCAUGUACAGAGCAUAUAUUGCACAGAAGAAAUAUGGUGUCGUGUUAGAUGAAAUCAGCUCCUCAUCUUCGUCAGAGCUGCAAGCAAUAAAAACAUAUGCAGAUUAUCUCGCAAAUGACAAUAAACGGGACAGACUUGUGCAAGAAUUAGAUGGUAAAAUGAGUAGCAGUGUAGAUAUGAACAACAGUACAUUCCUGCUUAUGGCUGCGUCAAUAUACUACCAUGAAGGCAACAUUGAUUCUGCAUUGAGAACUCUUCACCAAUCUGAGUCAUUAGAAUGUGCAUCUCUCAUGGUCCAGUGUUACUUGAAGAUUGACAGAGUGGAUCUUGCCAAGAAAGAACUUAAAAGAAUGCAAGAACUGGAUGAGGACAGUAUUCUGACACAACUCGCCCAAGCCUGGUUUAAUCUUGCUGUGGGUGGAGAAAAAUUGCAAGAUGCAUACUACAUAUUCCAAGAGAUGGCUGACAAGCAUGCCAGCACACCACUGUUGCUGAAUGGGCAAGCUGCAUGUUUCAUGGCACAGAACAAGUUUGAUGAGGCAGAAGGCUGCUUACAAGAGGCCAUGGGGAAGGACAGUAAUAAUCCAGAGACUCUGAUCAACAUGAUCGUACUAUCCCAACAUCUUGGUAAAGCUCCUGAGGUGAGCAACAGAUAUUUAUCUCAGCUAAAAGAUUCUCACAGAAAUCAUCCAUUUGUAAAAGACUAUUUGUCAAAGGAAAAUGAAUUUGACAGACUAACCAAGAAUUAUGCGCCUUCUGCAUAAACAUUAAAAACUAUUAUGAGAGGAGACACCAAUCUGGAGACGAUAGAAUUAAAAAAUAUGGUACUUCAUAUUUAGGACAUAAUGAGAACAUACAAGUCAUUUUAUGCUAAUUCAUUCACCAGAUAAUAAUACAAGGAGAGCUCUAUUGAUAUAUUUAUUGUAGUGUAUAUAAGAAUUGGGAAGUAAAAUAUAUAUGAACAUAUCUCAUACAAGUUUAGUUGAAUUAGUAUGAAAGACACUUUAAAUGAACUGGCUGAUUAAAAUGACAGGAUUGUACUACUAACAGUGAAAUCGUUAAGUGGAACACCCCUAGAAGCAGAACACCUCUGAUAUUGGAACACCCCAGAGUCCCAAGACCACCUGAUUUAAUUUGAAUAAACCUAUAGGUGGAACACGUCCCAAGUGGAAUACUUUUUAGA